AUCACUCAUCUUGCAGGCUUGUGGAAAAUUGCCUCUGCUAAAAGCCUACAGGCUAGCUCCUGGCUGGUAAUCCUAGCAGAGAGUAGAGAAUACGCUAAGCCAUCGGCUGCCUUACCACUCAGUGCUGCUAUGGCGCAGCAGAGAAGCUUGAGCGCGGUUGAUGGCAGUUCAGAAGGUCACUCGAAGAAACGAAGUUAAACUUCAUGAACACGGUUCCAAUCGCAGUCGGUCUGGAGGCCAUCAAGUCCGUGGUAUCUAAGAACCUCCUCUGUGCUUGCUCGCCCCUUUUCGCCGCAGCAACCUCUGAGCGAUGGGCCGGACGUCUCGACAAGAUUGUACGCCUGGCCGAGGACGACCUGGACAUAUCUGCCAUCUACCUGCAAACUCUCUACACCAAUGACUUCGUGGUCCUGGAAAGGCCGGACGACAACAUCAGUCUCCACGGAGAUGAACACAGGUCAUAUCUCUUCCGGACCUAUGUGAUUGCAGACAAUCUUGGCGAUGUCAAGUCUUCGAACCCGGUCAUAGGCGAAAUCGUGAGGUUGCUGAAACUGACUUCGUGCUGGAAUCCGAAGUCGGCGGGUGUUUUCGCCAAACAUACCAUCGAACCGGCUGACAAGCGGACCGCAGGGGUAUCAGUUCUGUGCCCUGUCAUAGUGGACCACUUUCGCAUCCACGUUAGUGGUCGAAAGUUCAAGCAGCUGGCAAAGAGCGCGUUGCUGCAGCAGGUUUUUGUCGAUCUUGCGUUCACCGGGUUAAUGACAUACGCACCUACGGGGUUUCAGGAGGCCGAGGCGAGAAGCUGGCACAUGUAAGGUCGUACUACACCUCGCCAGCGCUCG